AUGAACAAAAAGAUGAACUGGGUGGGAGGAGCGCGGUAAGUUUGACUUUACGCGAAAAAAAAAUACUAAGGAACCUCCAAAAACGUGCAGAAAAUCAAAAAAGAAUUCUUCGAAACGUCGACCUGGAAAUUUGCACUUUUCAUAUAGUGAUUUACUACGCACGUAGCAGACGGUAUAUAUUUUGCGCUUAUAAAAAUUCUGUGCAGAUCGACCACAAGAGGCACUGGGGUGAAAACCCCAACGGUUACUUUCGUUUAUUAAAAAAGGGUUUAUCCUUUUGAAUGGGGCCGUUAAAGAAAACUUCUUUGGUGAUAACUGCUUAAGUUUUUCGCCUCCACUUUAAACGAUCUUUAAGACUCCUAGGUCAUUCUUAUGAAAAGUGAAACUAAAUUUUGAAACUUGCUGUGGACGUCCAGCGGUUUUUUUGGGCCAAAAUUAGUGUAAAAUGUAUUUUGAAAAAAAAAAUCUUUUCCUGGGAAACUCCCCAGCUGACCAAGAAAAAUAUCAGUAACAGCUUUACAUCUUGAGUUGUUUCAUAACUGUCUCUCUCCAGUCCCUGAUUCAUCCAAACCAUAUUUAUGGCUGAAUUAUCUAUAUAACUUUAAUUAUAAGUCUAUAAAUAAGCUUAUAUUCCUUUCACAGGAACCGGCUGAAGCUUAAACAUGAGAACAAGUUGCAAAAGGUGAAGAAAGUUAAUACUCAUAAAAAUAUCGGCCAUGAAAAUAUCAUACUCAGUGUUUGUACUUCCUGGGGGUUAGAAAAAAAAAACUUGUGGGAGGAUUGCCCCGUAAAAAUGUUGGGGUUACUUGUAUGAGAACUUCUAAGAAUGCCCUCAACAUUUUAUGAGUGUGAAUCAAUUCUCUUUCACCCAGCUCAAAAAGACACUGUCCUGUUUUUACAUAUUUUUACUUUUUACAGAUGAUGUUGUUUUUCAUUAAUUUUCACCAAAUAGGAAUUUUUUGAAAGAAAACGGCAACAAAAAAACAAUGUCAGAUCCACUGCACCAAGGGAAGUGAAGAAGAUAAAGGCAAGAAGCCAGGAUCUUUUCUCAUUGGAAGUUAUUAUGUCAGCACACAGAAGUGAAGAGAAAACAGGUGGGAAUACAGCAUGGAUUGCUGAUAACUUUGUUGACAGUAGUUGAUGACCAAUAUCAGUUCCUAGAAAAAUGACAGACUGCUUCUCUUAUACAGCACCACCCCUUUCUGUACACCAAUAUAUGCUAUUUGUACUGUUUAGGUGGUACUGAGGCAAGUUCUUCUUGGAAAAAAGGUCAUGCUGGUCAUAAGAAUUCUAAAGUACAGGGUGUUCUGGCAAAACAGCAUAGAGAACACAGUAUUCCAGAGCUUUCUCCAAUUAGACCUCAGAUUGACAUCCAACAGGCAUGUUUAAAUAAUUCAAUCAGUAGUGUGAAAUGA